AUGGCGGGUAAGGAAGCGACGAUAUACAUUCUCGAUCUGGGGGCAUCGAUGGGCGAGAAGCGUCAUGGACGUGAUCUCACAGAUCUCGACUGGGCACUUGAAUAUGUAUGGGACAAGAUUACGACUACAGUUGCGACAGGCAGGAAGACAGCGCUCAUGAGUGUGAUUGGGUGUCGCACGGAUGAAUCAAAUCUGAACGGUGUUAUGGAAGAAGCUGAGGGCUACGAAAACAUCACGGUGUUCUCCGAGCUGAAACACGCAACCCAAAACAAAGCUGGCAAGCCGCUUAAAUACGAUCGCCGAAUCAUCAUAGUGACUGAUGGGAGAGGUGAGAUGGAUGAUGGCGAUCUAGAUGACAUAGCGAUGAAGAUCAAGGAUAUCGAUGCGCCAAUCGAGCUUGUGCUUCUCGGCCUCGACUUCGACGAUACAGACUACGGCUAUGAAGAAGAGGACAAGAAUGACGCGAAGGCGAACAACGAAGAAGUGCUGAAGAGCUUCGUCGAGAGUUGCAAUGGUAAUUUUGGUACUCUAGCAGAAGCAAUCGAGCAGCUCAACAUCCCGCGCCUAAAGCAGACACGGCCGAUACCCAGCUUCAAGGGCCAGCUCACUCUUGGAGGCCCGGCAGAUAAAUUCGAUGCAACUCUCACUAUUGACGUAGAACGGUAUCCCUGCACGAUGCUUGCCAAGCCACCGACAGCGAGCUCCUUCGUCGUACGAACAGAUCUGGGCGGGGCCGGCCCAAGCGAUCAAUCUCCGGCCACCAUAGUUGGAGAAGACCACCCUAUGAGCGACCUGGCGGCUGUGCGACAUCAGCGUGGCUACCAAAUCGACGACCCCAACGAACCAGGCAUUAAGAAGAAUGUCGAGAUGGAAGAGCUAGAAAAGGGCUACGAGUAUGGCAGAACAGCAGUUCACAUCGCUGAAUCUGACUUCAACGUCGUAAAGCUGGAAACAGAUCCGUCACUGCAGCUUGUUGGCUUUGCUAGGGAAGAGGAAUUCGAACGCUACCUUCCCAUGAGCCGUACGAACUACAUCGUACCUCAGAGAAUGAACCAGCAAGCUCAGCUCGCGCUAUCGUCUUUCAUACACGCUCUGCACGAAGGUGGCCUGUACGCUGUUGCACGCCUGGUCACCAAGGAGAACAAGCCUCCAGUCAUGGUUCUCCUGUCGCCACGCAUCGAGCCGGACUUUGAAUGUUUGAUCGAUGUAGAGUUGCCUUUCGAGGAAGACAUGCGACGGUAUAAGUUUCCGCCUCUAGACCGAAAGCUUACUGUAAGCGGGAAGGUCAUCACAGAACACAAGGAUCUUCCCAACAUGGAUCUAACAGCUGCAAUGGACGCCUAUGUCGAUGCCAUGGACCUGUCCACAUUCGCAGAAGACGAGGAUGGCAACGCCGACGAAUACGCGAAGCCAGAAGACACAUAUGCACCCCUCGUCCACCGCAUCAACCAUAUCGUGAAAUGGCGCUCAACUCACCCUAAUCCAACCCUCACCAUCCCCGACCCGCCCUCGGUACUUACGAAAUAUUCUGCGCCACCUGCAGAUCUUGUUAAGCACUCCAGCAAAGCUCUUGAAUCCCUGAAAAUGGCCGCAGACGUAAAGAAGAUUCCACUCAAAGUCAAAGGCCGUGGCAAGCGUCAGCGCUCUGAGCAUGAUAAACCUAUCUCAGGGCUCGAUGUUGAUGCGCUGUUGGGAAAUCCAACACAAGUCAACAUCGAUCCUGAGAAUCUUGUUCCGAGUUUCAAACAGGCACUUGCUGUCACCGACGACCUGGCGGCUAUACAGUCCGCUGCUAAUGCCAUGGCGAAGGAGAUCCGGGGUUUGGUGAGGAACAGUGUGGGUGAAAGUGCUUAUGGAAGGGCAUUGGAAGCUUUGAGUGUGAUGAGAGAUGAGCUUACUGAGCUUGAGGAGCCGGAGAUGUAUAACGAAUUCGUGCGUGAGUUCAAGAAGGAGCUCCUGAAUGACACACUGAAUGGAGACCGAAGAGAGAUGUGGUGGAGGGUCAGGGGAAGUCGGUACGGGCUGAUCGAUGAGAGGCGAUCCCUUGUCAGCGACGUCACAGAGAAAGAGGCGGAUGAGUUCUACAAGGCGUAA